AUGUUUGACAUUAGUGCUAUUAUUCGUCCAAAUAUUUUAACCUUGGAACCAUAUCGCUGUGCUAGAGAUGAUUUUAAGACCGGGAUUUUGCUAGAUGCAAAUGAAAAUACUCAUGGACCAGCUCUUCCUUCCCCAGAUGCAAAUGAAGCUGCAUUGGAAUUGAAUAGAUAUCCUGAUCCUCACCAACAUGAAUUAAAGCAACAGAUCAUUCAGUUUAGAGAACAACACCCAAACAAGUAUGCAACAGAAAAACUAUCAAUUGAAAACUUGUGCCUUGGUGUUGGAUCUGACGAAAGUAUAGACAUGUUAUUGCGUUGUGUCUGUGUUCCAGGAAAAGACAAAAUGUUGAUUUGCCCUCCAACAUAUGGAAUGUAUUCUAUUUGUGCUACUGUUAAUGAUGUUGCCAUAGAAAAAGUGCCGUUAACUAUUCCUGACUUUCAAAUUGAUAUUGAUGGGAUACUCACCAAAGUGAAGUCAGAUCCCACUAUUAAACUCUUGUAUUUGACAUCUCCUGGAAAUCCUACAGGAAAGUUGAUUGACGUUGAGGACAUAAUAAAGUUGUUGAAGGAACUGCUCAAAGCUUGGCAAGGCUUAAUUGUUGUCGAUGAAGCCUACAUUGAUUUCACCAAACCUGGUUCUUCUAUGAGUACAUUAGUUAACCAGUAUCCAAAUUUGGUCGUGUUGCAGACUUUGUCGAAAUCAUUCGGUUUGGCGGGUAUCAGGUUGGGUAUCACUUUUAGCAGCAAGCAGUUAAGUUGGUACCUUAAUGCUAUGAAGUACCCCUACAAUAUUUCAUCCUUGACCUCAAAUGUGGCAAUAAAAGCUACCAACGAGGGAUUAGGCGUGAUGGAGAAUUAUGUUUCCAAAAUUGUUGAACAGAGAGAAUUAGUAUUAGAAAAAUUAUUGAGUUUAAAGUACGUUGGGAGAAAUAUUGGCGGAUUGGAUUCAAAUUUCAUAUUGAUUGAAAUUUUGGAUAAAGACGGUAAACCAUCAAAUGAUGUUGCUAAAAAAUUAUACAACACCUUGGCUACAGACAACUCGGUAGUGGUUAGAUAUAGAGGAUCUGAAUUGAAUUGUGUUGGUGGUUUAAGAAUUUCCAUUGGAACUGCAGAAGAAAACAAACAGUUGUUGACCAAAUUUGAAUCUGUUUUAAAUGAAAUUAAUAAGUAG